AUGGCCUGGCGCGGCCGAGGCCGAAGCUACGGCAAAGGUAAAGGUUAUGGACGAGGCGGCAAGGGCAAGGGCCGCGGGCGCGGGAGAGGCCGCGGGCGCGGCGCCACCAGGACCUGGACGCGCGACAAGACGGCCGCGGACCGGCGCGAGGCCCUGCCGGUGACGCAAUUUAAAAAACAGAUCGUCGAGCUGGUCGCGGCGAACCGGGCCGUCGUCAUCACGGGCGAGGCCGGCUGCGGCAAGUCGACGCAAGUGCCCCAAUAUAUUAUUGAUGCGCCGCGGCCGGAAAACGAACGGGAGCCGCGCGUGCUCGUGACGCAGCCGCGGCGCGUCGCGGCCGUGAGCGUCGCGCGGCGCGUCGCGGCGGAGCGCGGCGAGGCCAUCGGCCAGUCCGUGGGCUACCACGUCGCGGGCGACCGGCGCGGCGCGCCGGCCGCGGGCGAGGUCGACGAGGCCGCUUUGGACGAGGAGCUCGACGCCUACCAGCGCGAAGGGAAAGAUGAGGACGACGACGACGAGGAGCUCCGGGCCGUGCCCGCGGCGCAGGGAUCGGUCAACAAACCGGCGAAGUGCGUCUACAUGACGACCGGGGUGCUCUUGCAGUUACUCACCCAUCAUAGAGACGACACGGCCAUGAACUACUCCCACAUUUUGAUCGACGAGGCGCACGAGCGCGACGUCGACAUGGAUCUCGUGCUGGUCACAUUAAGGCGGAUGGUCAUCGACGGGCGCACCUCAUCGAAACGCGUCCCGAAGGUCAUCAUCAUGUCGGCGACCGUCGACGCGCAGCGGUUGUGUGGCUUCUUCGGCGACCGGACGCCGCAUUUGCACGUCGGCACGCGGCCCUACCCCGUGCGCGUCCACGACCUCGAGGAGGUCAUCCAGAAGUCGCGGUCGACGGAGUUCCGCAUCGAGCCCUGGAGCGAGUACGUGCCCAAGGACACGCAGAACGCGCGGUUCGAGCGCGAGGCGUCGCGGGCCUGCGUCAGCGUGCUCAAGGCCCUCAUGGACGCGGACUUCGAGGCGAGCCUCCUGCCGCCCGACACCGAGUCGAGCACGCGCAAGGACGUCCUCGUCUUCGCCCCGGGCGUCGCGGAAAUCGAGGAGCUCGAGAACUUGUGUCGGAAGGAGGGCGUCCAGCGGCUCUACGACGUGUUGCCUUUACAUGGAGCUCUCGACGACGAGCAGCAGCGCCACGCGCUCACGACGCCCGAACAUUCCGAGAAAAGGCGCUGCGUCAUCACGACGAAUGUCGCCGAGAGUUCCGUGACGGUGCCCGGCGUGCGCUUCGUGAUUGAUUUUGGUCUUGAAAAAUUGCCGGUCUAUGAUCCGCGGACGCGGACGCAAGCUUUGCUGACGAGACACUGCUCCCGGGCGUCGUGCGCGCAACGAGCGGGCCGCUGCGGCCGCGUCGCGCCGGGCGCCUGCAUCCGGCUCUACAGCCAGAAGAUCUAUGGGUCCAUGCCGCCGUACAUCCCUCCGGAAAUUGUGCGCGCGCCCCUGCCGACGGUGGCCCUCAAGGCGUUGUUGUUGGAUGACCAGCCGGCGCAGCUAUUGGCCGAGGCCCUCGACGCGCCGCAGCGGCGCGACGUGUUGGACGCUCUACAAUCGCUCGUGAAGAUCGGGGCGAUUCGGAGAAUUGGAGAGGACUUCGAGGUCGAGCCCCUCGGCGAGUUGGUGGCUCGCUUGGAGGUCGACGCGAACAUUGGGAGGCUCGUGGCCUUCGGGGCGGCCCUGGGGUGCUUGGACGACAUGUGCGUCGUCGCCGCGGCCGUGUCGCUGAGGGACGUCUUCCUGCAGCCCUUCGAGGCCGGCAAGAAGAAGGCCGAGGAAGCGACGGAGGGCGACCCCUUGGCUCUAACCUUAGACCAGGGCCGGCAGGAGGUGGCCCACUUCCUCCCUCGGCGACGGAUCACGGAACAACAACAAUUCUCCGACGCUCUCGCGACAGUCGCUAUUUUAAGGGAGUUCAAACGGCGACUAAGGACGCAGUCCCGAGAUGAUGCGGCCAGAUACGCGCGCCAGAACCACGCCUCGUUUAAACGCCUGGUGGAAGUGGACGCGUUGUCUCGGAGGUUGGGCGACACGUACGAUCGACUCAUCGCAAGACGACAAAAAAGACCGAGAGGCGCCCUGCAACGAUUAAGACGCGCGCGGAACGGUCUGCAGCACCUCCUGAAAAAACAACCUGCUUUAAUUACGACGGCAAAAAAAUUCGCCCUCUUAUGUUGCUUCGCGCCGUUGGUCGCGGUCUCGGACGGCUGCGAGCAGUCGACGGAGCAGAGGGGUAUAUUGCGGUUCCGCGUCGAGCCCGCGCGGCCCCGGGAAUCAUUCACAGAGGACGCGAAGAAGGCGCGCCAGGCCUUCGACAAGUGCGGCGCGACGGACGCGCGCCUGUAUCGGGAGGGCGAGGAGGACCGGAUGGAGGAGGAGGCACCGCCCGCGCCCGCGCCGGCGCCCGCGCCCACCGAAACGACGACCACCCAACCGCUGGACAUCGAGGGCCUGAGCGGCAACGAGGACGACGAGGACGCGGAGCAAAAGGCCCGCGACGCGGAUUUUGAUGCCGUCUACGAGGGCCUGGACACGAAGCCCGACGCCAUGGAGACGGACGAAACGCCCGUGUAUUUAGAGCUGACGACGCGGUCGGCGCAGGACGCGGUCGCGUGCGCGCGCAUGGCCGGCGUGCGCGGGUCGUUAAGGUUGCCUCUAGGUCGGGACGGGUCCUUGCACCUGCGCGACCCGCAGCUCAAGGCGGCGACGCUCCAGUUCCGACGACCGGGCGCGUCGGCGCACGUCGAGCCGACGUGGUCGUCGCCGAACGCGCGCUUCUUCGUGGACCCCUACGGGUCUGCGGCCACGCGGCGGCGGUGGCUCGUCGCGCCGUGCUUCUCGUCGCGCGGCGCGUCGAAGACGCGGCAGCUCGCGCACUCGCCGACGUUGCUCCCGGCGGAGCCGCGCGGCGCGGCGGAGUUAUUAUUACUGGCCUGCUCGCGCGACGUGCGGUGGCUGCUGGAUGAUGAUAGGAUCGUGGGCGUCGAGCUGUUCGGGACGCAGGCGCCGGACUCGUUGAUUGUGCCGCUCGUGACCAAUAUUGACGCGAAGGACGUGCGCCUCCUGAACAAAGUCCGGGAGGCCCUAUCCAAAAGUUGCCGGGACCCCGACGGCGCGCCGGGCGCGGCCGUGCAGCCGCUAGUGGACCUGCUGGACCGUGCGGACCGGGAGCCGUUCGAGGGGCUUGAUAGUUUCGCCGAGGCGCAACUGCUGCCGGGCGUCGACGAGGAGGAGGUGUUGCUGGCGCCGCUGUCGCGCGUGGGUAUGGCGGCGCUCGAGGAAAUUGAGGACAACGGCAAGCGGGAGCGCGACGACGACGAAGCCGUCGAGGAGGAGGCGGCGCCGACCCAGGAUCUCAAACGUGCUCGGUUGGCGGACUACUGAUAAUGGCUUG